CCCCAACUUUGCUCGCGCCAAAAAUUCCAACAGGACUCAGUACCGGUAGGUGUCUCUCCGCACCCUGUCCGGGACUAACCGACACGGGAAAAGAGAGUCCCAGGGAAGAAGGAGGCGGAACGUCUCCUCUGUGUGGCCGCCCGCAGGGUGUGUGGGUGAGUGAGUGUAACAGGAACAGCAGGUAUCACACGACCUGCGCUUUCUCAGUAGUCGCACUACGGCUCUAAUGAGGGGUGGAGGCGGAGAGAUACGACGGAAAGGCGGUGAAGCGACAGCCCGCGGUUUGUGGCGCCAGAAUUCGGAGAGAAGCCGCCGCCCCCCUCUUCAGCCGGAACAGGUCCGGCCAUGGUGAUGCUACGGAGCAACACGGGCAGUGGACGCGGCCGCCCUGUCCCGGCCGCCGCGGCCGGAGGCGGCCAAGGGUCCAUCUACAACCUGAUGGACGCGAGCUCCGAGUUCCUGUCCCUGAACUCCCCGGUGCUCCGGAGCCGCAGGAUGGGCACCCGCUCGGCCGCAGCCGCCUCCGGCAGCAAGUGCAGCAGAGGAGCCGGGAGAGCGCCGGAGGCCACGGGCAGCGAAUUUUCUUCUGACAAAGCUGACUGUUUCACUCAACAUUCCUUAAGAUCAAUAAGAAGAAGUAACCUGCACUCUUCGGAUUCUAGCUUUGACAAAAGUAUGGAAACGUUAAGUGAGAAUGUUAAUGGAAGACACUUUACAAGGCAGUUGGCUAAGCUGCAGGCUGACCAAAAAAAUGAAGAUUGUAAAGCAGUCACUAGAUCUUUGAAAACCAGAGCUGAUGUGAAAGCAGUUGAAAAAGUCCAUGGAGAGAGUGGGGAUGUGGAGGUGCGUCGCAGUUGCAGAAUCAGGCGAAGCCGUUACAGUACUACAAACCAAUCCGUUUUGUUUGACAAACUUAUAACAAACACUGCAGAAGCAGUAUUACAAAAAAUGGAUGACAUGAAGAAGAUGCGUAGACGCCGAAUGCUAGACUUGGAAGACCUUGGGGUGUUCAAUGAUGCCGAGGAAGAAAAUCUUGAUAUGUACGCUCGAGGAAAGCAAAAGAGAGAGCAAAGAACUGAUGAAGAAACCACUGAUAAUCAAGAUGGCAGUACAGAGUCUUCUGAAGAAGAAGCUGAGACCAGGAAGAUGAGUGGAGAAGAUAUCAAAAAGCGAUAUGACCUUAGACAGAGGAAAACUGUUGUACGCUACCAGCCCCAUUGGAAACCAAGGCACCAAAGAAAGCCCAACCUAUUUUAUACUGGUCCAUCCUCUCCUGUGAGACGAAGAUAUCCUUUUAGCCCUGCAGGACCACGAAGUCCCUACUGCAAAAGAAUUAACAGACGAAAGCAUGCAAUCCAUAACAGUGAUUCCACAUCUUCCUCCUCUUCGUCUGAUGAUGAGCAACGCUUUGAAAGGCGUAGGAAAUGCAGUCAUAACAGAGCAUUAAGCCGGUGUCUUCCACUAAACUUUCGGAAAGACGAAUUAAAAGGAGUUCACAAGGAUCGGAUGAAAAUUGGAGCAAGUCUGGCCGAUGUUGAUCCAAUGCAAAUAGAUUUUUCAGUACGAUUUGAUAGUGUGGGUGGACUAUCUAGCCAUAUUUCAGCUUUAAAAGAGAUGGUGGUUUUUCCACUGCUUUAUCCAGAAGUAUUUGAGAGAUUCAGAAUUCAGCCUCCAAGGGGCUGUCUAUUCUACGGUCCACCUGGUACUGGAAAGACUCUGGUUGCUAGGGCACUUGCUAAUGAGUGCAGUCAGGGUGAUAGAAGAGUAGCCUUCUUUAUGAGAAAAGGUGCUGAUUGCCUCAGUAAAUGGGUGGGAGAAUCUGAACGACAACUUCGUUUAUUAUUUGAUCAGGCCUAUCAGAUGCGUCCUUCAAUUAUUUUCUUUGAUGAGAUAGAUGGUUUGGCUCCUGUACGAUCCAGUAGACAAGAUCAAAUUCACAGUUCUAUUGUAUCUACGCUGCUGGCACUUAUGGAUGGCUUGGAUAGCAGAGGAGAGAUUGUGGUAAUUGGAGCUACUAACAGACUGGAUUCAAUAGAUCCUGCUUUACGAAGACCAGGGCGUUUUGACAGAGAAUUCCUUUUCACCUUGCCAGAUAAAGAGGCUAGAAAAGAGAUUCUCAAGAUUCACACGAGAGACUGGACCCCUAAGCCAUUGGACACGUUUCUUGAAGAGUUAGCAGAAAAAUGUGUUGGAUAUUGUGGUGCAGAUAUUAAGUCCAUAUGUUCUGAAGCUGCUUUGUGUGCUUUGCGCCGACGUUAUCCUCAGAUAUACACUAGCAGUGAGAAGUUGCAGUUGGAUAUCUCUUCUAUUAAAAUAACAGCUAAGGAUUUUGUUGUGGCUAUGCAGAAGACUAUACCAGCUUCUCAAAGAGCUGUGACUUCACCUGGCCAAGCACUCUCAGCCGUUUCGAAACCACUGCUUGAAAAAACACUUCACAGAAUUUUAAGAGCCCUACAAAGAGUGUUUCCACAUGUGGAGCUUGGAAUAAAAAAAGGACAAAAGACAGAUGUUGCAAGUCAUAUUUUAGAAAGUGACUUAAUGUAUACUGAUGAGGAACUGCCUUCAGUGUUUGAAAAUCCACUUUCCCAGAAAACACCGUAUAAGCAGAAAGCAAAUGUCCUUAAUUUUAACAGAAGUGCUUAUCGUCAGCCAACAUCUUACAGACCAAGGCUCUUGAUAGUUGGAGAGCCCGGGUUUGGACAGGGCUCUCAUUUGGCACCAGCAGUAAUACAUGCUUUGGAAAAGUUCACAGUGUACACAUUGGAUCUGUCGGUUCUGUUUGGAAUCAGUACUACAUCACCUGAAGAAACAUGUGCACAGUUAAUCCAUGAAGCCAAAAGAACAGCACCAAGUAUAUUAUACAUUCCACAUGUCCACUUAUGGUGGGAGACGGUUGGAUUCACUUUGAAAGCUACAUUUACAACAUUAUUACAGAAUAUUCCAUCAUUUGCUCCAGUUCUGCUGCUUGCAACAUCAGAUGUACAUCAUGCAGCCCUACCAGAAGAGGUGCAGGAAUUAUUUGUUGAUGAUUAUGGAGAAGUUUUCAAUGUCCAGUUGCCUAACAAUGAAGAAAGAAGGAAAUUUUUUGAAGAUUUAAUUCUGAAUCAAGCUGCUAAGCCUCCUGAAUCAAAAAAGAAAGCAGUUUUGCAGGCAUUAGAAGUCCUUCCAGUAGCACCACCGCCUGAGCCACGACAGUUGACAGUAGAGGAGAUGAAACGGCUUGAGGAGCAAGAGGAGGAUACGUUACGUGAACUUAGGAUUUUCUUGAGGAACGUUACGCACCGACUUGCCAUUGACAAACGUUUCAGAGCAUUUACAAAACCCGUUGACCUAGAUGAGGUACCCGAUUAUGUCACAGUUAUCAAACAGCCAAUGGAUCUUUCAACAGUUAUCUGUAAAAUUGACCUGCAUCAAUAUCUGACUGCAAGAGACUAUCUGAGAGAUAUUGAUCUAAUCUGUAGCAAUGCUUUAGAGUACAAUCCAGAUAGAGACCCAGGAGAUCGUCUCAUCAGACAUAGAGCCUGUACUCUGAGAGAUACAGCAUAUGCAAUAGUCAAGGAAGAAAUGGAUGAAGACUUUGAACAACUAUGUGAAGAAAUUCAGGAGUCUCGCAAGAAAAGAGGUUGCAGCUCUUCAAAAUAUGCUCCAUCUUACUAUUAUGUGAUGCCAAAGCAGAGCUCCAUAUCUGAAUGUAAGAAAUUGGAUCUUGAGUGUAGUGAAAAAAUGAAGAUACCUGCUAUGCCUGUGGAUUCCAGCUCACCUUUCCUUUCUAAUGCUUUAUCAAAGAAAAAACCUCGCAGAAAAAAUAGGUGGUCCUUGGGUAGUAUAAAAAAGAGGAGGAAGAUUUUUCAGUUCAAUAAAGAGAACAAAAUUCCAGAGGAAGAGCGAGAUGAAAUUGAGAGUGAUGGAGAAGUGUUGCUGGAAAAUCAUGACUCCAGUGUGGAUCAGACUGAAGCUGAGGUCACACAUGAUUCUUCAGUGGAGGAAGGGGAAACUGCUCUUCAGGAACGGCAGACAAAUGGUUGUGAAAACAAAUCUGAGGCAGAAGAACUGAGAAGGGAAAGUGAAAGAUGUAAUGAAGAAAUUCCCAAUUCUCAAAUAAUGGAAAACUCUGAAGAGAGAGAUUGCAAUGAUGUGUGUGUACUUCGUAUGACCCGUUGUAGACGUUCUCAAGUAGAACAGCAGCAGUUCAUCAGUGCUGAGAAAGCCAUGGAGAUCCUCACUGAACCAGCUUCCCCUCUUAUUGUGGACUACGAAGAACUUAAAAAACUGUUAAAGAUCGUCACCGAAAAAAGUAGAGACUACAAUAUAUUUCACUUGGAAAAACUUUAUGCAAUACUCAGUCAAUGUAUUUAUCGACAUCGCAAAGACUAUGACAAGACCAAAUUAAUACAGGAAAUGAGAAAAGAAAUUGCAGUCUUCAAGCAAACUGAAGAUCAUAAUAUCUAAAACUGAUUUCUACUUUCCUAAUCUUUUACUUUAAUUUUAUGCUCCUUUGUUACCUGUGCAUAGUUCAAUAUCAGAGUGCAUAUCCAUGUAUAAAGAUAUUAAAAUAUAUUGAGACAAGA